GGGGGUGCCUUUCUCAUACACAUCCUUUUUUGCACUGACUUCGUCCACACUCGUAGCGAGAGAAGAAACACGGAGAGACUGAAAUUAAGAAAAAUUAAAGUAACAUGUGCUGUACAGGGAAAUGUGCCCGCCUGGUGGGCUUGAUCCUGCUGCCGUCUGCGUUCGUCUGCAUGAUCUCCAACCUGCUGCUGUUCUUCCCUGAUGGGGAGCAGCUGGGUAAUGGUCAGAUCUCCUUUCAAGUGUGGCUCAUGGGGGGCCUCAUCGGGGGAGGCCUCUUUAUGCUAUGUCCAAGCUGUUCGGCAAUCAGGGCCGGGGGCAAGGGUUGCUGUGGAGCAGGUUGCUGUGGAAACAGAUGCCGGAUGCUGAACUCUGUGUUCUGCUCUGCUUUCGGCGUGGUUGGCGCGAUCUACUGCAUCAGUGUGUCCUCAGCCGGUCUGGCCAUUGGACCCCAGUGUAAGGUGGCGGAUGGCGAAUGGGAAUACCCUUUUGAGCACUAUGGCACUGGUAAUGGCAGCUACCUCGUUAACCAGACUCUGUGGACAAUAUGCACAUUUCCAAAGAACGCAGUGAUGUGGCAUGUCGUUCUGUUCUCCAUUCUGCUCUCAAUGGGGGUGCUGCAGCUGGUGCUCUGUGGCAUCCAGGUCAUCAAUGGCUGCAUGGGAUGCAUCUGUGGGGACUGUCGGGACAGCAAAGAUGAUGACAGUGGAUUGUGAAAGUGAUGAUCGCCUUCAAAAGGACCAGGAAGCUUCUCUGCGUUUCAUUUGCUUCAAAAUUGUUUAAAAUCAGGGCUAUGACUUUGUGAAACUAAAUCUUGAUGCUUUUUUGACUCCAAGUUCAUUAAUUAGAUUUUUUUUAAAUAAAAUGUUUUACCUUA